AUGCCGGUCAAGACGGGCAUCAGACAGACGUUUGGAAGCACAGGAACCGAAAAGCAGUAUCUAAACACCGUCAUUCCUUAUGAGAAGAGAGCCACCCCUCCGUCUGUGGACGACCUGCAGAUGCUCACCAACAUUCUUUAUGCCAUGAAGGAGGACAGCGACAAGGUGCCCACGCUGCUGACCGACUACAUUUUAAAAGGCACAGGGGCCAAUAUCCAGAUGCCCGACAGCAGCAUGGAGGUGAUAAAGGGCCAGAUGGUGGUUCUGAGGGCCUCCUACCUCUCCGACUUAAUCGGGGACCUGAACGCAAACAUCAUCGUCUGGAACUUCUUCUCGAAUGGCACACAGCUGGUAAGGAGCACAGGGGCCAAUAUCCAGAUGCCCGACAGCAGCAUGGAGGUGAUAAAGGGCCAGAUGGUGGUUCUGAGGGCCUCCUACCUCUCCGACCUCAUCGGGGACCUGAACGCAAACAUCAUCGUCUGGAACUUCUUCUCGAAUGGCACACAGCUGGGCCGCGUCGGCUUCCUGUCCAAGAUGCCGUCCACGGACGUGUCUCUGUACGUGAACAACACGCGGGAGUCGGACUCGGGCCGCUACGUUUGCCAGGUCAUCUACGCCGACAAGCCGGGGGUGGAAGAAGACCAGCCCCACCCCCGAGGUCUUCUUCUCCCCCAUGGCCAGUGA